AUGAAUAUUGGCAGGGAAGUAGAAUAUAUGAACAGAAAUGUCACUGGGCAUGCCACCUUAAUACAAAGGAAUAGUGAAUACAGUAAGAAAUUACUGGAUUUCUGUAGUAAUAAAGGUUUUAAAAUUGAAAACACUUUUUUUAGUCAUGGAGAUAGGAGUACUUACACAUUUGUAAGAGCUCAGCAACAAUCACAAAUCGACUUCUUCAUCUCGAAUAUUCAUCGUUGGUUUGUUGAUGUAAAGGCUCUAACUAAUAUAAACCUAUCAGAUCAUAGACUGCUUAGAGCAGUUAUUAUGAUUAAAAAUUUAUGUGGGUAUCAUAGUGGAAACAGACAAUCUUCAACUAGUUCUAGCGCUACUCCCUCGUGUAAUGGUAUAACUCGCAAACUAAAUAAAAUAAGAACAUUGGAUGAUGCAAGAUAUUUUGAUCAAGUAUUAAGUGGGAAAGAAGCCAACUACUUGAAUACAAUUAGGCUAGAAAAUGUUGAGAAAAGUUGGAAUCUUUUUAAAGAUGCUCUUGUUGAUACAUAUAAAGUCCUGCCAGAAGUAAGUCUUAUCCCAAGGAAGGAAUGGAUGGCGAAUGAUACCCUGGAGAAAAUAAACCAAAGAACAGCGAAUAGCUCUAAUAAGGAUCUAUGGAAGCUGAUACAGAGAUUACUGCGGAGAGAUAGACGAGUCUAUAGCGCGAAGAAAGCUUUUGAUAUAGACAAAGAUGUGAGAGAAAAUAGACUAUAUGAUGCAUACAAGAAAUUAAAAUAUUUCUGUAAACCUUGUAGCUUUAAGAAGAUACCCUCUAUCGUAUUAAAUAAUGGUAAAGUAAUAAUUGACCAAGAUGAACAAAUGGCGUUGUGGCUUGAUUAUUGUAUUACAGUUUUUGACGGGCGCAAAGUAACUAGACCAACUAGCUUAAAUAUAAAUAUUGCUUCACCCCAGUCUGGUUUCUCGGUAGUUGAAAUAAUGAAUGUAAUAAAGAAAUUACGAAACAAUAAAGCUCCAGGGCUCGACAACAUUACUGCGGAGUAUCUAAAGAUAGCACCGAGAACGACAUCUUCUUUCCUUCUGGCCCUCUUCAAUAAAAUAUGGGAAAGUGGAAGUACCCCAACAGAAUGGAACAAGUCCUUUUUAUGUAAUUUUUCCAAAAUUGCAAAUCCCCAGAAAUUUACUGAUUAUCGUGUGUGCGCUCUUACAUCUUGCGUGUCUAAAAUAUUUAUGGUACUUAUAAAAAAUAAAAUUGUUCAAUCGACGCCUAAUCUUUUUCCUAAACAUAUUUGUGCUUAUAGGCCAAAUAAAAAUAUACUGGAACCUAUAUUAUCUCUGAAAAUAAUAAUGCAGAAGUGUCAUAAAUACAAGAUACCCUCAUUCUACACAUUCAUUGAUUUUAGUAGAGCAUUUGACAACGUUAACCAUGUAGCUCAUUGGGGAAACGCUAGCAGAAUGUGGUAUUGA